AUGGCGGGCUCUCGCUCCUCCCAGCGAUCCACCGUCUCCUCCCGCUCCACCACCCCCCACGCCGCAUCUUCCGGCACAAACUCCGGCGCCAAUUUCGGCGGAUCCUCCGCUCCCGCGUCCCCUUCCUUCCUCUCCCGCGCGUUUCCCGCGUUGGCAGCUUCGGUUCUCGCGCUAACGGCUGUCGUCUUUGCGUUCACCUACUCGAGGCCGUCGCUUGGGCGAUGCGACUUACUCCAGCUGCAGCUGCUGGGACGAAAGCAGGGAGACGACCUGGGGAAGCACCUGAAAGUGCUGGAGAAGCAGAUGAAUUACAACAAGAAACUCGUGGGAGCACUACAGGCAUCUCUCGCCAAGUUGACUGCUGCUGACUCAGCAGCGGCGGCCGAGGCGGACACAUCAGCUCCUGCUGACGUGGCAAUCCCUGGGAACGCCAGCACACGCCAGCUGGUCGAGUUGGCAGCGCGACAGGUGGCGGAUGAAGUCCGGGCAUCAAUGGAGGAAACGGGAAGAGGAGGAAGAGAAGGCGGAGGGGGAGGAGAGACGGUUGGUGCUGGUCGGUUGAAUGGAGGGGAAAGUGGAGGGGGGAGAGCAGCAGAUGGGGACUGGGAUAGAAUGGAGGGAGGGGAGAUGGAGGAGUGGGAAGUCCCUCAGGAGUUGGGAAGUGGAGAAGAGAGUGUGGGUGAGGGUGUCGGUGAGAGUGUGGGUGAGGGUGUCGGUGAGAGUGUGGGUGAGGACGAGAGGAGGGCGGGCGGCAGGCGGCGGCUGCUUAUGUCGCGAGACGAGUGGCCGCGUGUGACUUAUCUGUUCCGAGGGAAGAUGGCACACCAGCGGCACCCAGAGGAGAAUGCCACAGAGGAGCGCGAUCUGAACAACAAGUUCCUCGAGUCGUUCAAGCAGCCAGGGGGGCAGCAGCCGGAUUUCCUCAUUAUGAGCAUUGGGGCGCACGAGGUGAUUGGGUGGAAUCGCCGCCCGCCUCCCGACCUGGAUGUAGCCACGUUCAAGAAGGACACGGAGGAGCUGCUACAGCUGCUGAGAGCGAGUUACAACCGGGAAAAAGGCAUGCUGCUGUGGUGGAAGGCGCACUAUAUCUGGCCCGAGCCUAGAGCCAUCCCCUUCAUCCUACGCCUCCUCGUCGCCUGGGUCACCUACUACUACACCAUUUUCUACGAAAAUGUCGCGAAGUCCUUCGUAGGCCUCAUAGAGUCCGGUGUGUUUGAGGUCGCGGACGAGCAGUCCUCAUCGUCCGGGGACGACACCGGGGAGAACCGCCAUCACAGAGCGAGUCUUGUUGACGUGUUCCUCACCGAGUUCCCCUCUGUCUUCAAGGCCGCCUGGGUGCGCUUUCCCACACGCGAUGAACUUCCCGAGAUGGUGCGUGAAUUCGCUGCCAUCAAAGGUGUACCUGCAGUGGUGGGGGCUGUGGACGGGACUCACAUCCACAUGAAAGGGAUGGAAGGGCACAGGGCGGAGUACUGGACAAGGAAGUCGACCUACGCCGUUCAGCUCCAAAUCACGUGUGAUGCACGAGGCAGGAUAUGGGAUUACCUCAUCGGCUAUCCCGGCAGCGCGCACGACAUGCGGGUUUUCAAAGAGUCUGCACUACUUGAGAGGUUACACAACGGGGACAUAGCCCCAUACCAGAUUGUUGGGGAUGCGGCCUACCCGCUACGAUAA